CAAGAUAAGGUGGUGGAAGUGGAACCGCCAAUUCUAUACUUCCCUUUUCCCAUUUCAUUUGAGGACCCAAAAGUCCUAGAGGCCGAAAGGUCACGCCUUUGGGUCCCAUUUCAAAAUUGACCAUCUUCUCCCUUUGGCUUUUAACCUUUUUGGGUUCAUCUUUGCCAUUGAACAGUACAAACGUGAACUUUACUCCAGCAGUUUCAAGAUCUCCAGGCAAAAGUGAUUUUUUUCUCCAAUCUUUUCUCUUUUCAAGUUGUACAACCUUAAGUGUGAACACUUUUCAUUCUUUUGCAUUCUAGAACAUAUGUUCUUUUCUUUCUUCUCUUUUUUUAAGUAUGGCUUUUGUUUUGUCCUGACCAUGGACCAAGGUCUAGAAAGCAUAUUUAUUAAUUAAUUCUAUGCAGAAAAAGGUAUAUAAUUAAUCUAAUGGGAAAAGGUAAUCCCAAAAUCUUUGUGCUUGUUUACAACAAAGAAUUUGGUAUUAAUUAAGUGAUAAGGAAGGAAUUACUAGAUUCCCCUGUGGUGGGUUUUCUCAGGUUCUGAAAGUUCUUCUCAUUCUUUUUGGGUUUUGGUUUUCCUCCUUUUUAUUUUUUGGAGAACAUGGCUGCUAUAUUUUGGCUUUAUUGGUGUUUUUGAGGGAUGCAUUCCCCAUGGAACUGGCUUUUAGCAAAUGGGUAUUCACAUUUGUGCUGUUCUUUAGCCUCUUCUUCUAUGGAGCACACUCAGUGGAUGGAUUACAUGGGAAUUCUAAAGUUAGAGCAGUGAACUUGGGAGGGUGGCUUGUUAUUGAAGGUUGGAUUAAGCCUUCAUUAUUUGAUGGAAUUUCUAAUGGAGACAUGCUUGACGGAACAGACGUCCAAAUCAAGUCGGUAACACUGCAGAAGUACGUGUCUGCCGAGAAUGGCGGAGGCAUGAAUAUAACCGUGGACAGAGAUUCACCUUCUUCGUGGGAAACCUUCAAGCUGUGGAGAGUUUCUGCAUCACAGUUUCAGUUCCGGACAUCCCAAGGCCAAUUUUUGACGUGUAAUGGUUUAGGAUGCUCUGUUUCUGCAACUGCUGGAUCUCCUUCAACUUCAGAAACAUUUGACGUUGAAAGGAAUAAUGAUAGGGUUCACAUAAAAACAACAACUGGAGCUUACUUGCAGGCUACAUUAGGAGGUCAGCUUACAGCAGACUUUCCAGGGAAGCCAGGAUGGGACCUUAAUGCAGCCACAUUUCAAAUGAUGAUCGUUUCGAAUAACUUGCAUGGAGAUUAUCAACUUGCUAAUGGCUAUGGACGUAAGGAGGCUAAACGGAUUCUUAAGAAACAUAGAAACACUUUUAUCACAAUAGAAGACUUCAAUUUUUUAAAUAGACAUGGAAUUAAUUCUGUGAGAAUUCCAGUCGGAUGGUGGAUUGCUUAUGAUCCUGAUCCUCCUGCUCCGUACAUUGGUGGAACUUUGGAAGCUCUUGAUAAUGCAUUUUCAUGGGCACAAUCUUACAAUAUAAGAUGCAUAAUUGAUCUCCAUGCUGCUCCUGGCUCUCAAAAUGGGAUGGAGCAUAGUUCAAGUAGAGAUGGUUCAACAAACUGGCCGGCUUCAGAUUACAUCUCACAAACAAUGCAUGUUAUAGAUUUUCUAGCCUCCAGGUAUGCAAAACAUCCAGCAUUGCUGGGAAUUGAGCUAUUGAAUGAACCAUCUGCAGCCACAGUUCCAUUGGAUACUUUAGUUUCGUAUUAUAAACAAGGCUAUCAAAUUGUACGAAAAUACUCUGCAUCAGCGUAUGUAAUAGUUUGCCAAAGAAUUGGAAAUGCAGAUCCAUUGGAACUUUAUCAGGCAAAUAUCGGAUCACAUAAUUUAGUAGUUGAUUUGCACUAUUACAAUCUAUUUGAUACUUUCUUUGUGAAUAUGAGUUCUGCGGAUAAUAUACAAUUCAUAUACAAGAGCAGGCAAGCUCAACUACAAACCCUGAACAAUGCAAAUGGCCCACUUAUUUUUAUUGGGGAGUGGGUGAACGAGUGGAAUGUUACAAGUGGUUCUCAGACGGAUUAUCAAGACUUUGGCAAGGCUCAGUUGGAGGUUUAUAAUGCAGCUUCAUUUGGAUGGGCUUAUUGGACGCUAAAAAAUGACAGAAAACACUGGGAUUUUGAAUGGAACAUCAGGAACAACUAUCUCCAAUUGGGGAAGUCAGCCAACAAACAGAACUUUAUGAUUCUGAUAUUGUUAGGACUAGCAUAUACCCUGUCCUACCUUAAUCAAGUCUUGUGACAAAAUCCCAAUUGAGAUGCUUUAUGACACACCAUUGAUGAGGAUUAUUAUGUAAAGGCACCUUUAUUUCGCUGCUGUUCAACCAUCACAUUCUUUAUUUCUUUGCAAAUUUGCAAAAAAUUUAUCGUCAAAACAGAGUAUUUUUCUAUAAACAUAGAGAUGUAAUUGUUUACUCAAUAAUAUAACCACAAAUAAAUUCAAAAAAUUCUUUUUAA